AUGGAUAUGGAAACAAAAAGGAUGCAACACAGCCUUCACCUUCUUAUCCCAAAACUUAAAAUUUGCUCGACAAAAAAAUGUUCAUAUCUUGAAAGUUGUCAAAUCCAUUAGUGUUUAUCAAUCAAAGCAUGAUUUUCUUGGAUACCCCUCCUCUUAUUUAACAACCUAAAGAUUUUCAGUCCUUUCGAUUUCUUGAUUUCUUUACUCCUUGUACAAGUCAAGAAUGUCAAGUUUGGCAGCAAACUCUCACAUAUUGUACAGAGAAGUGUAUAACCAAAGAGACCAGCAGCAGCAGCAUCAGUUAUGGAGUAGUAGUGGCAGCUGUUGCUUGCUAUUGCAACAAAGAAAUUCAGGGUGUUACAAUUUGUUUGAUUGUAAAAAGACUAGAAGCUUCAAAAAGAUUUCAAAGAGAGAUUUGAGAGUAGAAGCUUUUUGGCCAGAUAUGACAAGACCCACUUCCAUUGAGAUGGAACCCAUCAAUGAUUCUGAUCAGCUUGAUCAGAUUCUUCUCAAAGCUCAAGAGCUCUCUCAACCUGUUCUCAUUGACUGGAUGGCUGCUUGGUGCCGGAAAUGUAUCUACUUGAAGCCCAAGUUGGAGAAAUUGGCUUCUGAAUUUGAUACCAAGAUCAAGAUUUACAGUGUGGAUGUGAACAAGGUAUCUCAAUCUCUAGUCAAGCGUGGAAACAUAUCAAAAAUGCCCACAAUUCAGCUAUGGAAAGAUGGAGAGAUGAAAGCAGAAAUAGUUGGAGGGCAUAAGGGCUGGCUUGUGGUUGAAGAAGUAAGAGAAAUGAUACAAAAAUUUAUAUGAUAUAUAUGUAUUAUUAUAGUCAUGUUUUAAUUUUAUAAAAUACUUGCUCUAAGCCUGUUAAUUUCCAAAUGAAUUUGUAAAGGGUUCUAUGCAGGAAAGAUGUAAAAGAAAAAAAAGAUGAAUAUAAUCUGGUUAAAUUUGAUAGUAAUUAUUUGGUAA